AUGCCUGCAAAGAUGCCUGUUAACUACCCCUCCGAGUCGGAAGUCGACUCUCGAACCGAGUCUGGCUACGUGAGCGGCAGCUCGAGUGAUGACUACAGCCCAGAGAUUGUCUUCACCAAGCCUCACUUGCAGUUUCUCAACCGUCAGCUGCAGUUUCUUGAACCUCAAGAUGUCUUGAGAUGGUGCGUUACUUCGCUGCCUCAUCUCUUCCAGACCACCGCUUUCGGUCUUACGGGUCUUGUCACUCUUGACAUGCUGUCCAAGUUGGACGUGCCUCGGCCUCAGAUGGUCGACCUUGUCUUCCUCGACACUCUUCAUCAUUUCAAGGAGACCCUGGAUCUCGUCGACCGGGUCCGUAAGAGAUACCCUCUCAACAACGUUCAUGUCUACAAGCCUGCUGGCGUCGAGACCGAGGAGGAGUUCGCCAAGAAGUACGGUGCCCGUCUUUGGGAGAGCGAUGACCAGUUUUACGACUGGGUUGCCAAAGUUGAGCCCGCCCAGCGUGCCUACCGCGAGCUGAACGUCCAUGCCGUCCUCACUGGACGCCGUCGCAGCCAGGGUGGCAAGCGUGGCGACCUGGACAUCAUCGAAGUCGACGAGGCCGGCCUGAUCAAGGUCAACCCUCUUGCCAACUGGUCCUUCGAUCAGGUCAAGAAGUAUGUCAAGGAAAACGACGUUCCCUACAACGAGCUCCUUGACCGUGGCUACAAGAGCAUUGGCGACUACCACUCCACCCAGCCGGUCAAGGAGAACGAAGACGAGCGGUCCGGUCGCUGGAAGGGCCAGGAGAAGACCGAGUGUGGAAUCCACAACCCCCGGUCCAAGUACGCUCAGUUCCUGAUGGAGAUGGAGCGCAAGCGCCAGGAGGAGGCUCUCUCCCAGGCUUUGCAGACGUCUCUCACCACAUAA